AUGAAAAGGCAAAAUCAAAGCUCUGUGGUUGAAUUCAUCCUCUUGGGCUUUUCUAAUUUUCCUGAACUACAGGAGCAGCUCUUUGGAGUUUUCUUGAUUAUUUAUCUGGCAACUUUAAUAGGGAAUGCCAUCAUUAUAGUCCUCAUUUCCCUAGACCAGAGACUCCAUAUUCCCAUGUACCUCUUCCUCCAGAACUUGUCUGUCGUGGAUAUGAGUAUCAGUGCAGUCAUUAUACCUGAGAUGCUGGUUAUCUUCUCCACAGACAAAACAUCAAUUUCAUUUCUGAGUUGCUUUGCCCAGAUGUAUUUCAUUCUCUUUUUUGGUGGAACUGAAUGCUUUCUUCUGGGGGCAAUGGCUUAUGACCGAUUUGCUGCAAUCUGCCAUCCACUGAGCUAUCCAAUGAUUAUGAACAAAAGUGUUUUUAUGAAGUUAGUAACAUUCUCAUGGGCUUUAGGUUUCACAUUGGGUACUGUGCAAACAUCGUGGGUGUCCAGUUUUCCCUUCUGUGGUCCCAAUAAAAUUAAUCAUAUUUCUUGUGAAACUCCAGCGGUGCUAGAGCUUGCCUGUGCAGACACCUAUUUAUUUGAAAUCUAUGCAUUUACUGGCACUGUAUUAAUAAUCUUAGUUCCUUUUUUGUUGAUCCUUUUAUCUUACACCCGAAUUCUCUUUGCAAUCCUGAAGAUGCCAUCAACCACUGGGAGGCAAAAGGCCUUUUCCACUUGUGCCUCUCAUCUAACUUCUGUGACCCUCUUCUAUGGCACAGCCAAUAUGACUUACUUACAGCCCAAAAAUGGCUACUCCCCUGAAACAAAAAAACUGAUAUCACUGUCUUAUUCUCUUCUUACACCUCUAUUAAACCCAUUAAUCUACAGCUUGCGAAACAAUGAGAUGAAAAGAGCUUUUAUGAAAUUAUGGCGAACAAGAGUUGAUUUACAGACAUUCUGA